CUGCAGUGCAAAGGACGCUAUCGGAUAACACGCGCCAUCCGCCAGCUAUACACGGGAGAAACAUGAAGGCCCUGCUGUCUCUGCUGACCCUCUGCGUUGCCUUCGCUGUCGCGAUGGCUGGCUACCAUGGAGGGUAUGGUGGUUACGGCGGCUACGGCGGCUACGGAGGCUACGGCGGUGGUUACGGAGGAUAUGGCGGCUACGGAAGAUACGGUGGCUACGGAGGAUACGGCGGAUACGGCCACGGUGGUUAUGGAGGAUACGGAGGUUACGGUGGAUACGGCGGAUACGGCGGAUAUGGUGGCUACGGUGGCUACGGCCACGGCGGCUAUGGAGGAUACGGCCACGGGGGCUACGGUCAUGGGUACGGAUACAAAGUCAUCAGCUACGGCCACGGCCAUGGCUACCAUGGCUAAAAUGUGUCUACUUGUAGAA